AUGGCCUCCUGGCACGGAGACUUAGUCUCCUGGCAUGGAAAGCUUGUCUCCUGGAAAGCCACUAUAGAGAACUGGCAGGCCCCCGAGAAUGAAUCUGAAGCACACUUGGAAGCCCCAAGGAAGAUGUUCCCUGUAUCUGUGGAGCGUCCUAUCAAGACAGUGUGCCCCACAGGCAGUGUGGUAUACAUUGACGUUAUGGGGUUUGCCCCGGAGGGCUAUAAGACCUUCGAAGCACAAAAUUCCGAAAGGGUUACCAUUGAUGUGAUAGGUACAAAAUUCAACUAUGGUUUCACUGGGCAUCCCAGCAGAUGGUACCUGAAGCCUUCCGCGUACGUGGUUCUUCUGGCACUGGCUCCCAGCUCUAGGAUGUUUUCAGACUGGGUGAAAAUUACCUACUUUAAAGGUGGGGAAGAACAUUCCAGCUGUGUGGCUGAGAUGAAUAUCACCUGUGUCACUGUCUCUCUAAUAGCAGACCCAUAUAUGGAGAAAACAAAGAAGAUGAGCAAAACCAAGACGUAUAAGGAGAAGAACCAAACCUGUUGGCAGGGGCCCAUCUUGCUUGUGAACUGUUCAAGCAAAAAUCAAUACCCACCUGUAGAAGAUGAUUGUGGUAAAUCAGAGCUUUCCCAAAAAGUGGCACCCUUCUAUGGUUACGUGAUCCAUGAACGUGGAGAUGACAAUGACCUGGACGCCACCGGGUUCCUGGAAGUCAGCCCACCCGUCACUGCCCAUGGGAUCUCUUAUCCCUUGGGCAGAAUUCUCAUUGGCAGCGGCAGUUUACCCAGGGAAAAUGUGCCAGAAGUGAACCAAAGGCUGCUGAGAUUCAUCCAAGCCCAGAACAUACAACAUCCCCUAGAACUCUUCUCUGAAUGGCUGCUGGAAGGCAAUGUGAAAGACUUCCUGACCUUUGUCCCUGCCAACAACAGAAAGGGCUUCCGGCUACUCCUGGCUAGUCCCAGUGCGUGCUAUGAGCUAUUUAAAAGGGAGCAAAACCUCGGGCAUGGAAGUGCUUCUCUGUUAGAGGGAGUGGACAAAAGCGUGCUCUAUCAUUCUGAAAGGCAGAAGAUGACUAUCAAUGAGAUCUUGGCUAACAAAAAGUUAUGGGAGCAGAAUGACUACGUAGAGACUUGUAUCGCGUGGAACCGAAGGGUGCUGAAGGAAGAACUGGGUCUUUCAGAGAAAGACAUCAUCGAUAUUCCUCAGCUGUUUAACUUGGGCUGGAUCAAUGAACCCUCAACCCAAAAGAAAGUGCUCCGGGCAGGCCAUUUCUUCCCGAACAUGCUGAAUAUGAUCGUCUUGGGAACUUACCUUGGGAUCCCCAAGCCCUUUGGGCCCAUAAUCAAUGGAGCCUGCUGUGUGGAGAAAAGAGUCCAGGACCUGCUAGAGCCCCUGGGCCUGCAUUGUAUUUUCAUGGAGGAAUUCCUUGGUCAUCAAGAAGAAUGGCGGGAUGCUUACUAUUGGUUCAAUGUUCGCCGAGAGCCGUUGUCCUUCAAGUGGUGGAACUUCGUGAUAUGA